UCUUGGCCAUAAAGCCCGAGGCGGCGGCGGCGGCGGCGGCUUUGGAAGCUUGGAGAGCGCCAGGGAGUCUCGGGGCGCCCGCACCUCGGCCUGCCGUGUCCUCGUCCUCCGCUUCGUCUCCUCGUCGUCUGGAGCCUUGGCGACGCGCCCGACCCGGAGUCCCCAGCGCAGCGGCCGCGUUUGAAAGAUGACCUCUAGGAAGAAAGUAUUGCUGAAGGUGAUCAUCCUGGGGGAUUCUGGGGUUGGGAAGACAUCACUCAUGAACCAGUAUGUGAACAAGAAAUUCAGCAACCAAUACAAAGCCACAAUAGGAGCCGACUUUCUGACCAAGGAGGUGAUGGUGGACGACAGGCUUGUCACGAUGCAGAUCUGGGACACAGCAGGGCAGGAGCGGUUCCAGUCUCUCGGCGUGGCCUUCUACCGAGGGGCCGACUGCUGCGUCCUGGUGUUUGACGUCACUGCCCCCAACACAUUCAAAACCCUCGACAGCUGGAGAGACGAGUUCCUCAUCCAGGCCAGCCCCCGGGAUCCCGAGAACUUCCCCUUCGUCGUGCUGGGAAACAAGAUCGACCUUGAAAACAGACAAGUGGCCACGAAGAGGGCUCAGGCCUGGUGCUACAGCAAAAACAACAUUCCCUACUUCGAGACCAGUGCCAAGGAGGCCAUCAACGUGGAGCAGGCCUUCCAGACAAUUGCACGGAAUGCACUUAAACAGGAAACGGAGGUGGAGCUGUACAACGAGUUUCCAGAACCCAUCAAACUGGACAAGAACGACCGGGCCAAGACUUCGGCGGAGAGCUGCAGCUGCUGAGGCCCUCACGCCCCGAGACACACACAGGCCUUCAGACACGAGCCCCCUUCCUCCCUCAACAAGCCGUCGAUUGGUCUCCCAUCCAGCUGCCAAAAGAAAGCCCUCCAACAGUCACGCCCAGCACCUCUCUCUCACACGCAGACCCAGGCAGCCCGGCACCAGCCCGCCCGCCACAAGGCCCCCUGUGGUGGCAGGACAGGCGGGCUGCCGGGUGGAGGCUGCACAGAAGCUUCUUCUUUGUGUCCACUGCAGAGAGAGAACUGUUUACAGUUGAUCUAAUGAGUUAUCUGGUUUUUUUAACGGUCUUGUGGUCUUUCUGCCCCGCCCCGCCCCCUCCGGGAAGGCUGGUGCCCCCGCUUCGUUGCAGGCUCACCCCCAGUCUGAGCAGGCUGUUUUGUAUGUAUCUGUUAAUGCUUGUUACUUUUAACUAAUCAGAUCUUUUUACAGUAUCCAUUUAUUAUGUAAUGCUUCUUAGAAAAGAAUCUUAUAGUACAUGUUAAUAUAUGCAACCAAUUAAAAAUGUAUAAAUUAGUGUAAGAAAUCCUUGGAUUAUGUGUGUAAGUGGAGGGCUGAGCCCUGGCUGGAUCAGUGUGAGCAAGGCGGAAUUUGGAAAUGCAGCUGGUGGCAGUAUUGUGUACAGUAGACAUGAGAAUUAUGUGCGCCUUUACCAAGACUGAAGAGCCGGAGCUUUCAGCUCUCCGGGGGAACCUCUCGAUCCAUUUUGUGUUUAAAUUUUCCAGAAGGUUGAUUUUCCUGACACGGUGGCGUGUGCGAUGGCCCAGCAGCCGUGGCCGCGGGAAGGGCCGUUCAUUUUCCCGUGGUCUGCUUUCCUCUCCUGCCCCGCUCUUCUGACCUGCCCUGUCUGAUCAGCUCCCUACAGCAGGAGGGCAAGGCGAACCCUCACCUGUCCUGGCCACCUUACCUUUGUUCUAGAAGGCGCUCCUUCCAGGGUCGUGCUGUCCUUGGGGGAGCACGCCCCGCGUCGCCCGGCUGCAGUUGGAGCCCGGGCAGUGGGCCCUGUGUCGGAGCUUGCUGACGGAGCACUUCCCUCCCACCGUCUGCGUU